GUCCAAUCAAAUAGCUUUGAGUUUCUAGUUACUUGAGGAACUGUUGCUAUGGACCUCACACUUAAACAAAGUUUUCGCCCUGGAUGCUUCACAGAGGAAACAAAGCAUUAUUAGGGAGUUUAUCAUCUUCAGAGAUGUAACAACUGAUGUUGAAUAUUGUUAACUGUGUUUUAGGAAGAAAGUGCAUGUGAAAUGCAGGUCCAGUCGGUGCCUCUCGGCUCUGUCACCAUCGGACCGCAGUCUUGGCGCAAUGGGACGGUCCGCUCGAUCCGGCGGGCGGAGCGCCUGGUACGGCAGACUCGGGCCAGACGAUCCGGGACUUGCAGCCGGCCUCAGAGCUGCAGCGCCGCUGCCGGUUUCGCCCCAAAGCGCCAAGACGGCACAGCGGAAACAACCGAAGAUAAGAUCACAGAGGAGGAAUGCGGUGAGAGUCGUGACUUCAUCUGCAAAAACAAGAUGUCGAGGCCCCAAACAGCAGGAGCGCUGUUCCAGAGUGGCUCCCAGAGAACAUCUGUGGCCCCGUUCCCAUCUACCAGCUUGCGUGAGCGGUGUGCCGGGGAAAGCAUUGCCGUGGCCGGUGAGUACAUGCGGAGGGUGCGGGAAGUGGAGGGCCAGCUGCGCAGGCAGGCCGGCAGGGUGACCCAGGAGGGUAUCAAGCUGGAGAGGGAGAGGGGUUACCUGGAGAGGAUGCUUCACAGCCUCAGGACUUACCUGACUGUCAACAGGAGGAGCUCGGAGGGGAGGGCGAGGAGGCCGGCCAUUUCUGAGACAGAGAGAGAUGGAGCUGAUUACUUGUUGUUGUGUGAGAAAAGAGAGCUGGCCGAGUUGAAACAGGAUCUGGAGGGAACACUGAGGAACACACUAAUCCAGCUUCAGGCCCUGGGUCAAAGCAGCAGGCAGCUGCUGGACUGUGCCGGUGAACGGGGUCGUGUCCUGGAGCUGCUGCCUCACAGCGGCUCGGCAGGAGCACCCAGCAGCGCUGCUCAGACAUUCAACAAAGCAGACCCCGUCAGCCCUUUUACACCAGAAUGUAAACAGGCUUUAGAGUCAUCCAGUUUGACAGUCAACCAGUCACAGCUACUGAGGGAAAACAUCAGACAGAUGUUAAACAAUGCCAUCACAAGGCAGAAAGAUAUUCACUGCACCGUCAAUGAUGGCCUGGUGAAGAAAAUUGCAGAGACAAUCAGUCUGCAGCAAAAUCUGACUUUGAUGUCUGCAGCCACCAGGCAGGCCAUGUUUCGCAAGCAGAGGGAAAUUAACUGUAUUCGUCACAGCCACGGCAGAGUGCAGGGUCCGGAGUACAGAGGUGACAUACUGUCCAGAGAGAAGCUCAACAGGCCUCUUGUGCAGAUUUACCACAGACACCCAGGGACACAGUUACCUGAGGCUGCUCAUCUCAUACAGGGCAGUGCAGUGCUGAGGCGAAGUCUAUUAUCCUCGGAGGGUGAGCUGGCGAGGCUUCAGCGCACCUGUCUGCAGCUGCUGGACGACCAGCAUGGCAAGAGAGAGGCAGCUCAGGUGGACGCAGCCGUCAUCCGCAUGAGGCGUCAGCAGGUCGACAAGCGAGCCAUGCCUUCUCUCGUCCUACAGGGGGCGUGCAGAAGCCAAAUCCCCCUGUCUUGUAAUCAGUAGGGCUGCAGCAAUAAUGCAGGUAGAGAGAGAUAACUGUGUGUUGUGAGAACUAGGGCCAUGUGCUAGAUUCACUAGUUCAAGAUUAGUUAAAUGG